AUGCUCUCCAAACGAUACGCCCGUUUGAGCUCGGUUUCGAUAACCUUUCCGGAAGGCACGGAAGAAGCGGGUGGAUUUUUGUGGUUUUUGAAAGAAGACCGCCGGAUCUUCGGGAUCAAUAUCUAUUUCUGGUGCGUGUUAUUCCUGUUUCUGGACUUUGGACGAUCGACAUUUUCUGCUUUGACGAAUUUGAGUGGUCACCUCGUCAAUGUGGAUUCCGGGGAAUCGGAUGAUGAAGCCUGGUGCUACUACUACAAGAUGGAGCAGUCGAGCUUUGCCAUCGAAUUCUCGCAUUUGAUCACGAUUCUAUUUGCUUUGGCGAUAUUGUUCGAUAGAUCGAAGCACUAUUUGAUACCGUAUUUGAUCGCAAAGUCCCUCUUCCUCUUCUUCUACGCCUACCUUCUAAUGCUCUAUAAUUCUGACAUGGAGGGCUGCAUGUCCGAAUUCUUCUGGACCGUCUUCAACCUGGUGUACUCGCUGGUGACGUACAUUUGCGUGGCGCUGUCCUUUGCCGCAUUUUACGAGAAUUUCGAAGAGGCUUCAAAACCGAAUCCGACGGAACCCAUUGAAGUCAUGCUG